AGCCGACCCCGCGCCGCGGAGGAGGCGAGCUUGGUGAUGAGCUGCCGCAGCGGUAGGGGGCCUGGGGCGGAGAAGCCGCUACAGCCGCGGCUGGGCGACGCUGACAUCUGGCAUCCCUGGGGUCUCAGAGACACGGGUGGACAGCGACGAGGGCCUUGUGGCCGCCGUGUGUACCCGUGCUUACCCUCUGUCCUCCCUACAGGCGCACGGCGUCCGCCAUGGAAGCGCAUCCGACCGCUGGGGUCUCUGGGUGCCGCGGCCUCGGCUCUCCGGGGCGAUGAGGGACUAGAGGCGCCCUGAGGCCCGCCUGCCUCCCGCGCUCUGGCCACCCCGGCGGGAAAAGGAUCGGGCGGGCGGGCGGUCCCACAGUGCCCGCCUUUGCGCCGCCCCACCCCCUGGGGGCGCUGCCGAGGGGGCGCCAGCCGCCCAUGCCGCCCCGGCGCCCAGCCGCGCCUGGCGCCCGCCGCUGAAGCGCAGGACGCGCCGCCGCCCGCGCUCACCGCCGUCCGCGCCAGCCGCCCCGAGCCGACUGCCCUUCUGCCCCCAAGAUGUGGCACAGCGUCGGGCUGACUCUGCUUGUGUUCGUGGCCACGCUGCUGAUCGUCCUGCUGCUGAUGGUGUGCGGUUGGUAUUUUGUAUGGCAUCUUUUUUUAUCAAAAUUCAAGUUUCUCCGGGAACUGGUGGGAGACACAGGAUCCCAAGAGGGAGAUCAUGAGCCUUCAGGGUCUGAAACUGAAGAAGACACUUCCUCCUCUCCACACAGAAUCAGAUCCGCUCGCCAAAGGAGGGCACCUGCUGAUGAAGGCCACAGACCCCUGACAUAGUCCUGUAUUUGUGAAGGAUGAAAAGGCAGUUGCCAGCUUCUGUCUUUUAGUGACUUGGCUUUGAAAUUUACUAAUGACUGAAGAACAUUUGUAUUGGAUUUUAAGUCGAAUUUUAAAAAAGAUUUACAUGUAAGCCAUAUAAAAAUACAGGGAACUGAAACCAAAUUGGACUAUUAUAAAUUUCAUCUUAAAGAUAAUCUUUUGUUUCACCAGCUUUCUACUUAUACACUUAUUCCUUGGCUUUUGGGCUUAUUUUCUUGCACUGGUGCAGAUCUGGUAAACAUUAAAGCCUUGAAAAACCAUAUUUUGUUAGCCCUAAAAUGUACAUUUUUCUUCCCAUUUUAACUUAUCUGAAAUUGGGAUGCAUCUCAUUACUGUCAACCAGGUGAUAGUCAUGUAACGCUCCUACCGUGUGCAUGUGCGAAUUUACAGCUUGUCAUCGUGUCAUCCCUUUAACCAACAUGUGUUUUGUUGGUAUCAAAUGUGUCAGGUUUAAUUGACAUUUUAAAAUGUCUUCAAAAAGAUUACACUAUGAUUCAGCAUUGAAACGAAAAGUUAUUGUGUAUGCAGAAAAGCAUGGAAACAGAGCAGCAGGGCGUACAUUUGAUAUUAGUGAAGCAAAUAUUCGUCGCUGGAGAAAUGAUCGCAAUUCCAUAUUUUCCUGCAAAGCAACAACAAAAUGUUUUACGGGACCUAAAAAAGGUAGGUACCCACAAGUAGACGAAGCUGUACUACGUUUCGUCAGUGAGACACGUGCGAAAGGAUUGCCUAUCACACGCCAAGCAAUGCAAUUGAAGGCAGGAGAAAUUGCCAAAACCCUAGGAAUUGAUGAAACAAAAUUCAAAGCCACAAGAGGCUGGUGUGACCGAUUCAUGCAUCGAGCAGGACUAUCAUUAAGGCAUCAAACAUGGUUUUGUCCCAAGCUCCCCACUGCCAUUAAACAGAAGACAGUGUUGGAGCACUCUUUCAAGAAGUGCUGCAUAACCAGUACUCUUGACAACACCGGGAGAGACGUUCUGUGGAAAAAUGCAGACAUCAAUGACUGUGGUUUGAAAAGUGAUUCAGAAGAGUUGGAUUCAGAAUAUGAAGUUAUAAUUAUAACUUAACCGAUUUAUUUCACACAUUUUCUUUACAUAUGCACAAGAUUGAUGUGAUAAAAAUCUGUUUAACUCAAAGCGCUGUUUCAAUAAAUAUAAAAUAAACAUUUUCUGUGAUAUGAAAGCAUUGUGUCAUAGUUUAAUGGGCAGUGUUUUUCCUUAGUGAUACAUAUGGUGCAUCUUAACAAUUGGUAGUGUCUUAGGUUAAAUUAAAAAUGGUAGCUUGUGAAUUUAUUUUUCUUUUUAAGAUAGCAGUUAUUUAUUGGGGAAUUUGAUUCUGACUCUUACAAUGUUAAACUUGUUAUCCUGUGUGAAACACAUGUUUUUGGGGGGGAGGGGGUAACCAAGAUUUUAGGGUAGUAACUUAGGAAUCUAAGAACUAUCUUCUACUUUAGGAAGAGUGGGAUUAGUUACUCCCUUUGUAUAGGAGGACUUUAUGCUCAAGGAAUGUGUUGUGGAGAAAAACACUUCUUCACAAACAAUUCAGUGACAAGACCUCAAAGGUAAUGCGUAUUGAGGAAAACAGUAGUGGGUGAAAAUUCCCGCUUAGCUGUAAAAUGACUCUCUUGCCAGGUUUCCGUGUUUGUCUCAACUGAACUCUGGGCUGAGUGUUUACCAGGGAGAAGAGAUGUGAAUUAAACAACCUUCCUGUUUAGUGUUACCUGCUUUGUACAAGAAUGAAGUGCAAAGCCAACUUAUUUUAUUAAUCCAAGUUCUUUUUAUGUUUUUCUUAACCUUUAUUAAGGACUAGUCAUCACAAAAUAUCUAUUUAACCUCUAUUUUAUGAUGGUGUGUUAUUAUGUUUGAUACCUCAUACUUCUUGCUUAGAGUUUUGUUUAACAGUUCACUGGCUCUGUCCCAAUGUUUGUGAUGAACACCUUUUUGCUAUAUUGUAGCUCUUGGAGAUACUAAAAGAGAAUUCACAGAACAUAACUUUAGUUUUAUGUGUUUGCUAGGGGAAGAUUUCCUAGCAGCUGAGAGCAAGGCACAGUCUCUGUCUUCAUUUCUUUAUUAGAUACAAUUUUCUAUUUUUAUGUGACUCUAGGGCAUAACAAAACAGUGACGGUUUCAAGCGUUAAUUUUAAUGCUUCCUACUAGCUAAUAUCAUCUUAAAAUGAUUAUCAGAAAAAAAAAUAAUGCCCCCAAAAACUUUUGGGGGCAUUAUUUGGUACUGGGAGGAUAUUUAAAUUAGAUUUUUCAUAGUCUAUUGUUUUGAACUAUGGAUUCUGUUUUAUGGUGGAUACCUAAGGUUUAUAUAAUAGUUGCUGGAAAACUUAAAGUAGCUGGUGAGCUUCCUGUUAUGUCACUAUUAAAGAAUGAUGGCUGAUGUAACUCUCCCCCUGAAAUCUACAAGGGUCAUGCCCAAAUUAAUACAGGUUAACCUUUGUAGAGGUAUAUAUGUUGGCAUUAUUUAUUGACAUUUAUGCUUCAAGCAUGUCUUAUUUUAUGUAAUUUUAAGAAAUACUCUAUUUAACUUGUGAAAUAUACCUAAAAGCAUACUAGUUAGCUCUUAGACUCUCACUUAGGGAGGGUAAAGAAA